AUGAAAUACGUUACAAAAUUUCUUUUAAUAUUCUCUUGUGCUCAGGUGCUACCAUUAAGUGGUUUGCAUGAGUCACAAUUUAUUGCGUCAUCAAGACUAAAAAGACAAAACACUACUGGAGUAUGGCUCGACAAUGUUUUAAAUCCGUCCAAUGGAAACCUACCAAUUAACCAGCAAGCAAUGGAUUCUGGAACUUCUGACAUCGAGGAAAAUCCAUGUAAUUCUAUAGAAAUUGUAAAGCCAAACUUCGACGCUCCUGGUCGCAGAAUAAGCGAAGCAAAAUGUUAUGAAUACAUUUGGGAAAUAAAGAGGCGCGAAGAUGAGUCCAAAAGGAAUGCUGACUGCUUACAAUAUAAACUAAGCCAACCAGGUCCAAACAAACCGCAUUUUGUUGUUGGUGGUAGGAUUACAGAGCCUGGAGAAUUUCCGCAUAUGGGUGCAGUAGGAUGGAAAGCGACAUCAGGGACUUGGGUAUUUAAAUGUGGUAGCUCCUUGAUCAGUUCUAAGUUUAUGCUGACAGCUGCACAUUGCUCAAGAGUAUCGUCAAGAGAUACAAGUAUAGCAAACACUACCCCGGAGAUCGUUCGAUUAGGCGACAAAAAUAUCAUUGAUGUGUUUGACAAAGGACGUUAUCCAUAUGAUGUAAAAAUUCAACAAUUCAUCGUACAUCCUCAGUACAAGGCUCCGAAAAAGUAUUUCGAUAUAGCUAUUAUACAACUGGAGCAUGAUGUGUAUUUCACUAGACAUAUACAACCCGCUUGCCUUUGGACCCAUUCCGAUACCAGUUCUCUUGGAACGAAAGCCACAUUAACUGGUUGGGGCGUAAUAGAAACGGCAAAGUUACUAACGUCUCCGGAACUACAAGCUGCCGUAGUAGACAUACUUGAUUCAACACUAUGCGACAAUUUACUGAAGUCCUUAUGUAAUCGAUUAUGGUGCGGGAUGAUGGAAAGUCAACUUUGCGCUGGAAUAUUAGCUGGUGGCUUUGACGCUUGUCAGGGGGAUUCUGGAGGACCUUUACAAGUGAAGAUAAAUUUACCUAAUAAUAAUCAAGGCUCCAUUCACUAUUUGAUUGGCGUUACAUCUUUUGGCAUUGGAUGUGCCCGUGCAAAUACUCCGGGUGUCUACACAAGAGUGUCAAGUUUUAUAGACUGGAUAGAGGACAUUGUAUGGCGCGGAGAGUCAAACAUAAGUAUGCCAGUCGACUAA